GGGAUGUACCAGCCCUGCGAGAACAUCGACUGCUCCUCCAAACGCUGCCAGAUCCUGCAGGCCUUCGAUGCAUUCAUCUACAUCUUCUUUGCGCUGGAGAUGGUGGUGAAGAUGGUGGCUCUGGGGAUCUUCGGCCAGCGCUGUUAUCUGGGAGACACCUGGAACAGACUGGACUUCUUCAUCGUGAUGGCCGGGGUGGUGGAGUAUUCUCUGGACCUGCAGAACAUCAACCUGACGGCCAUCCGGACGGUGAGAGUCCUGCGGCCGCUCAAAGCCAUCAACAGAGUCCCCAGCAUGAGGAUCCUGGUGAAUCUGCUGCUGGACACGCUGCCGAUGUUGGGGAACGUGCUGCUGCUGUGCUUCUUCGUCUUCUUCGUCUUCGGCAUCAUCGGUGUGCAGCUCUGGGCUGGACUUCUGCGCAACCGCUGCUAUCCGGAGGAGAACUUCACCCUCUCAACAGGUGUGGCACUCCCUGCUCCAUACUACUCUCCCAGUGAGGAGGACGAGAGGCCCUUCAUCUGCUCUCUGCCACAGGAUAAUGGCAUCAUGUCGUGCAGUGACGUGCCGGCACGGCGUGUGGCGGGACAUCAGUGCUGUCUGGAAGUAGAUGAUCUCCUGCACCAUCAGGCACUGGGCCUCGUGACCGAGCCUUUCCUCAAUGCCAGCGCCAUCGCCCCCGGACUCUGUGUCAACUGGAAUCGAUACUACACACGCUGCCACACCGGACACAGAAACCCACACAAAGGAGCCAUCAACUUUGACAACAUCGGAUACGCCUGGAUCGUUAUAUUUCAGGUUAUUACUCUGGAGGGCUGGGUGGAAAUCAUGUAUUACGUCAUGGAUGCUCACUCAUUCUACAACUUCAUCUACUUUAUUCUGCUGAUUAUAGUCGGCUCGUUCUUCAUGAUAAACCUGUGUUUGGUCGUCAUAGCGACACAGUUUUCAGAGACCAAACAGCGUGAGCAUCAGCUGAUGCAGGAGCAGCGAGCCACCUGUCUGUCCUCUAGCACGCUGGCCUCGCUGGUCGAACCCAGCGACUGCUACGAAGAGAUCUUCCAGCUCGUCUGCCAUGUCCUCCACAAGGCUCGCAGACGCACUGCUGCCUUUUUCAGGAUGCUCUGCCGCAAACCACCGGAGCAGAUGCAUAUGAAAACAAACAUCAACGGAGGAGAAAAGCGCUUCCAACAACAUGAUGGAGCCACACCUUCCGCCUCAGCAGCCAAUCAGGAGACAGAGGAGGAGGCAGCCGAGGAGAAAGACAGGUGCAUGAGGGCAGAGGGGGCGUGUCGGAGGCGGAGCAGAGAGCUGUGGAUGGAGAUGAGGGUCAAACUGCAGGGCAUCGUGGAGAGUAAAUACUUCAACAGAGGAAUCAUGGUGGCCAUCCUCAUCAACACCAUCAGCAUGGGCAUAGAGCAUCAUCAGCAGCCGGAGGAGCUCACUAAUGUUCUGGAGAUCUGUAACAUCGUCUUCACCAGUAUGUUUGCUCUGGAAAUGAUUCUCAAGCUCACAGCAUUCGGCUUCUUUAAUUACCUGCGCAAUCCGUACAACAUCUUUGAUGGGAUCAUUGUGAUCAUCAGCGUGUGUGAGAUCGUGGGUCAGUCUGACGGCGGUCUCUCGGUGCUCCGCACCUUCCGCUUGCUGCGGGUCCUGAAGCUGGUUCGGUUCAUGCCGGCGCUGCGCAGACAGCUGGUGGUUCUGAUGAAGACCAUGGACAAUGUGGCCACAUUCUGCAUGCUGCUGAUGCUCUUCAUCUUCAUCUUCAGUAUUUUGGGAAUGCAUAUAUUCGGCUGCAAGUUCAGUCUGAAGACAGACACUGGAGACACGGUCCCGGACAGAAAGAACUUUGACUCUCUGCUGUGGGCGAUCGUCACUGUGUUUCAGGGUGAUGCCAAUCGCUCGUACUCUGAUGAUGAUGAUGAUGAAGGAUCUUCCUCUAAUGGAAGUGAACAGCACAAAAACUCGCUCACGUUCUCCGAUCCCAAGCUGUCGUCUCUCACUCCUAAUGGGCAUCUGGAUCUGGCGCCGCUGGCGGAGGAGAAGACCAGGACUGACUUCUCCGAGGAAAACCACCGGAGCAGAACCAUCUGCCUGGGCAGGAGAUCCUCGUCUCUGCGCCACAGCCGCAGUUCCCAUUACCACCACUGGGGGCGUCCUCCCCCUCAGCCGUCCUGGAGCCGGCGGUGUAGCUGGAACAGCGUGGGUCGCUCCGCCCGUGGCCUGAGGGCCGGAGGGGUCAUCGGGGGGAGCUUACGGGUCCGCAGCGUUCACUCGAACCCCGCCGAACACGAGUCUCUCCUGCCCCACCCGCCAUUCCUGUCGCGCCGACACCGCCGCGCUCUAUCACUCGAGCUGCCUGAGCUCCUGCAGUGCCCCCCGCUGGUCCGGAAGAAGAGCGUGUCUGCCGAACACCAGGACUGCAAUGGGAAGGGCCCGGGCCCUCAGGGGACGCUGCUGGGAGAGGUUUAUCCACAGCUCAACGCACGCAAAGACAAGCACGACCUGGAGGAAGACACAGAAUAUAGCCUCUGCUUCCGUAUCCAGAAGAUGAUGGAGGUCUAUCGUCCGGACUGGUGUGAGAAGAGAGAGGAUUGGUCCAUUUACUUAUUCUCCCCUCAGAACAAGUUUCGUCUGCUGUGUCAGACGAUCAUCGCUCAUAAGCUCUUUGACUAUGUGGUUCUGGCUUUCAUCUUCCUCAGCUGCAUCACAGUGGCUCUGGAGAGACCCAGAAUCCAUCAGGGCAGUCUGGAGCGAGUCUUCCUCACCAUCUCCAACUACGUUUUCACUGCCAUCUUUGUGGCCGAGAUGACCGUCAAGGCUCUGAUGUCACUGUUUGUGUUGGCGUCUAAAGAUGGUUGGGUAAAUAUCAUGUACCACGGGCUGGACGCUGUCGGGAUUGACCAGCAGCCCGUCAUCAAUAACAACCCCUGGAUGCUGCUGUACUUCAUCUCCUUCCUGCUGAUCGUCAGUUUCUUCGUCUUGAACAUGUUUGUUGGUGUGGUGGUGGAGAACUUCCACAAGUGCCGGCAGCAUCAGGAGGUGGAGGAGGCGCGGCGGAGGGAGGAGAAGCGGCUGAAGCGCAUGGAGAAGAGGAGGCGCAAGGCCCAGCGGCUGCCGUAUUACUCCUCGUACGGUCGCGUUCGGCGGAUGAUUCACUCGUUCUGCACCAGUCAUUAUCUGGACCUCUUCAUCACCCUCAUCAUCUGCAUCAAUGUGGUCACCAUGAGCCUGGAGCACUACAACCAACCACAGUCGUUGGAGACGGCGCUGAAAUACUGCAACUACUUCUUCAGCUCCACGUUUGUGGUGGAGACCAUGCUGAAGCUCGUCGCGUUCGGCUUCAGACGCUUCUUGAAAGACAGAUGGAAUCAGCUGGAUCUGGCCAUCGUGCUGCUGUCUGUGAUGGGAAUCACUCUGGAGGAGAUUGAAAUAAGCGCUUCGCUCCCGAUCAAUCCCACCAUCAUCCGCAUCAUGAGGGUCCUGCGCAUCGCCCGCGUUCUGAAGUUGUUGAAGAUGGCCACAGGAAUGAGAGCGCUGCUCGAUACCGUGGUGCAGGCGUUACCACAGGUGGGGAAUCUGGGUUUGCUCUUUGUUCUGCUGUUCUUCAUCUAUGCUGCGCUCGGUGUCGAGUUGUUUGGAGAACUGGUGUGUAAUGUUGAAUACCCGUGUGAAGGCAUGAGUCGUCACGCCACGUUUGAAAACUUCGGCAUGGCGUUCCUCACUCUCUUCCAGGUGUCUACAGGAGAUAACUGGAACGGCAUCAUGAAGGACACGCUGCGCGAGUGUCCGCCGGGCGACAGCUACUCGUGUAACUCCAGCCUGCAGAUCAUCUCGCCCAUGUACUUCGUCAGCUUCGUUCUGACGGCUCAGUUCGUCCUGAUUAACGUGGUGGUGGCCGUGCUGAUGAAGCACCUGGACGACUCCAAUAAAGAGGCGCAAGAGGACGCGGAGAUGGACGCGGAGAUCGAGAUGGAGCUGGCGCAGGGUGGCCUGUGCUGUCUGGGGCAUCCGGAGCGCUCGACCGGGGCCGAUGCGGGCGAGAGGCCAUCGAUUCACACCAACACUAACACCAGCCAGAGCGGAUUCACACAGAACCAGAGGAGACUCUACUCAUCGGCACAGGAGAACCAGUGGCUGGAGAGCGUCUCUCUGCUGAUGAAGGACUCGCUGGAUGGAGAAAUGCAGAUGAUUGAUAAUCUAUCAGGAUCGGUGUUCCACCAUUACUGCUCUCCAGCAAUCAGACGAGUCGGCAGGAGCCAAUCAGGAGAGAUCCGGCUGGCUGAGGUCGAGCAAACGUCUCUGAUGUCGGAGCAGCUGUCAGAUAAAUCCUCCUCACCGGCGCUACCUGAUGACAUCAGCCUGGACGAGCACAGCGACCGUAAGGAGCACGGCAGCGCUGACCUGAGCACAGGCGAGCUCGUGUGCAGAAGCGUUCUUCCUCAGAGCGAGGCAUGCAGCCCAGGGCGAGACAGACGGGAAGAGCGGCGUGAGAUGGGGCACCGCGGAGAUGGCUGUGGAGGAGACGGCCAGAUGUCUUCACCUCUCUUUCAUCUCCCGGCUGAGUUCUUCCACCCCACCACCGCUGCGGUUCCCCAGGGCAGCCCAGCCAUCGGAGCGGCCCAGCCGGGCUCCAGA